CGCCUCCCUUUCAACACACUCAACUAAACCGGUCCUGCAGUUUGACAGCAUUUUUUUUCCUUCAGCCAGUGUGUUGGACAAUUUUUCUCCAUCUGAGAUCCAAUCCAGCCAUGUUUCUCACGCAAAGGUGGCAGCAGGGUGUAUAAAAGCCACAAGGGGCUACCCAACCGUGCAGACCUUUUCCAGCAUCAUGGCUCAGAAGACGGUUCUGAUUGUGUACGCCCACCAGAGCUUGGGCUCAUUCAACUCUGCAGUCCGGGACGUGGCUGCUAAGGAGCUAUCGAAGCAGGGCUACCGAGUCAUCGUGUCAGACCUUUAUGCCAUGAACUUCAAAGCCAACUCCACGCAGGACGACAUCAUUGGUGAUCUGGAGAAUCCCGAGCUGUUUCAGUAUGGAGAGGAGACAAUGCGUGCCUGGAUGAAGGGUUGCCUCAGUGACGACAUCAAGGCCGAACAACGCAAAGUCAAAGAGGCAGAACUCAUCAUCUUCCAGUUCCCUUUGUACUGGUUCAGUGUUCCUGCCAUCAUGAAGGGCUGGAUGGAUCGAGUGCUGACUCAGGGAUUUGCUUUCUCCUUGGAAAAGAUGUACAACAACGGCAUUUUCAAGGACAAAAAAGCAAUGUUAUCCUUUACAACUGGAGCAACAGAAUCAAUGUUUCGCCCUGAUGGCAUCAAUGGAGACAUUAACGUCACACUGUGGCCCCUGCAGAACGGGACUCUGCACUUCUGUGGAUUUCAGGUCCUAGCUCCUCAGAUUUUCUGGAAUCCAGCUCACUGCCCCCUUGCAGUUAGAACAGCGAUGCUACAAGGCUGGCACGAGCGACUCAAAGGACUGCUUGCUGAAAAGCCUCUGACUUUUGCACCAUGUGAGUUUUUCGGCCUCAACUUCCAACAAGGGUUCUUGCUCCUGCCGCAGGUAAAGGAGGAGCAGCAGUCAAACACCUACGGGAUCACAACAGGACACCAUCUUGGCAAACCACUCCCGCCUGACAACCAGACCAAAGCGCAUUCGCCGGACGACUGAACGAGCUCGACAUGGUAGAGGAGUUUUAGAGGAGCGAGAACGGAACCUUUCUCCUGACUCAAGUAGCCGCCUUUGCACACAAGUUACAAAAUCACUGUGGCGCCAAACAAAAUGGGUGUGUGUGAAAGAGAUGAGCAAAAUCACAUAAAUUGACAUUAUAUUACUUGACAUUUGUUUUUUUUUUAUGUUUUUCAUUUUAAUAAACACAGCACAUUUAUUAUCAC